GCGGCCAGCUCAGACCGGAGUCCUCCUCCUUUCUCCGCAGCUGAGGACCCAGAAGCGGGGCAGCCUGACAUGGCAGACGGAGACAGCGACGAAGGAGAAGACAUCUUCGUCAAUAACAGUAACCCUGUGGCUGUGAGUAGAGGAGUUUCUCAGCCAGAUCGCGUCAGUGUAGAGCCACCAGAUUUGUUCAACGAGGGGGAGGCCAACACAAAGACCAAAUCCAACGGUGUUCAUUCUGAUGACGACAGCGACCUGUUUGCUGAUGCACGUGUGGAAGCUGAGUACAGACAAGUCUGGUAGCUCUGGUAGGAAGGAGCUCUCUGCUUCUGCUGUUUCUCAUCCUGCCUCCUCGUUCACUCAAAACCCUGCUUCCAUGCAGACUGCGUCUUUGGAGCAGUUAGAGGAAGAAGAAGCCAAGGAUAGUUUUGAUGUGGACGUUGCUGUCACCAAUCCUGAGAAAGUUGGUGAUGGCAUGAAUGCAUAUGUGGCCUACAAAGUAUCCACUCGGACUUCGUUGUCCAUGUUCAGCAAUAAAACCUUCUCUGUCAGGAGGCGUUUCAGUGACUUCCUUGGUCUCUAUGAGAAGCUGUCGGUCAAGCAGUCGCACCAUGGCUGCAUCAUUCCGCCACCGCCUGAGAAAAGUGUUGUAGGUAUGACCAAAGUGAAGGUAGGAAUGGAUGACCCAUCAUCAGUAGAGUUUGUGGAGAGAAGAAGGGCAGCUCUGGAAAGGUAUAUCCAGAGAGUAGUGUCUCACCCAUUGUUACUGCAGGAUUCUGACGUCCGUGAGUUCUUGGAGAAAGAGGAUCUGCCCAGAGCUGUGAGCACUCAGACGCUGAGUGGAGCUGGAUUCCUCAAAAUGAUCAAUAGGGCAUCAGAUGCUGUCAACAAGAUGACUAUCAAGAUGAAUGAGUCUGACACUUGGUUCGAGGAUAAGUUCCAGGAGGUGGAGAACGAGGAGCAGCAGUUGAGGAAGCUUCAUGCUAUGGUCGACUCCUUGGUCAAUCACAGGAAGGAGCUGUGUGGAAACACUGCAGUAUUUGCCAAAAGUAUGGCCAUGUUGGGGAAUUCUGAGGACAACACAGCUCUGUCACGGGCUUUGUCCCAGCUGGCAGAGGUGGAAGACAAGUUGGAACAUCUGCAUCAGGAGCAGGCAGCCAGUGACUUCUUCAUCUUUUCAGAGCUACUGGCCGACUACAUCCGCCUGCUGGCCUCUGUGCGGGGCUGUUUUGACCAGCGCAUGCGAGCGUGGCAAAGGUGGCAGGAGGCACAGAGCUCACUCCAGAAGAAGAGAGAGGUCGAGGCCAAGCUGCUUUGGGCCAACAAGCCAGACAAACUACAGCAAGCCAAAGAAGAGAUCACGGAGUGGGAGUCAAGAGUUACUCAAUACGAGAGAGACUUUGACAAGAUUGGCAUGACUGUACGCAAGGAGGUCCUCAGGUUUGAGAAAGAAAAAGCCAAGGAAUUCAAGAGCCAGAUAAUCAAAUAUUUGGAGGCAAUGCUGCAGUCACAACAACGGCUUAUAAAGAUUUGGGAGGCAUUCCUGCCUGAAGCAAAGGCAAUAGCUUAAUGAAGAGAGAGACUUUUCAAAGACCCAAAAUGCCUUUUUAAACACUUUACCUCUUGACCAGAAACUGAGAGGCAAAUUUUAAAACACACAAGAAACUUCCAUCCAUUUUCUUCUUAUCCUUUUAUUUUAUACAAUAAGCUGCCACAUUUAUAUAAGAUUUCUUUUCUUUGUUUAUGUUCUUGACUUAAAGAUGGUGCAAAGCAGGAAUCCAGCAGAGGUUGACCUGGUUGUAAUAUUUGUAAAAGCCACUGUCAGUCGGAUAUGUUUCAUGCUUACAGCAGUAUUUUAAAGAGUUAAACACUGAGGUACUGCCCUAGAGUAACAUUGUCUUUAGUUUACAUUAGAAGGUAGAUGCGUGCAAGUCAUUCCACUCUGCAACUGCUUUUGUUGAUGGGUGCAUGUCAGAUAAUGUUUGAUGCACUAAAAUGUAUUGUACAUUUGGAACCCAGUGGAUUUGUUUGUUUGUUUUUCUAAUACGAUAACCACUAAUUAUGACGGAGGACAUUUACCAGGAGUAUUAGCACAUUGUUACAAUGUAUUAAACAUUUCAUAUUAGAUUAUAGAAAUCAUAUUCAAAUGUGGAUUUGGCAAAGGCAUAGUCUUGUGGGAGUCUUUCUGAAAUGAUAAAAGAAAUGUAAAAUUGCAGUGGGUGCAGUUUGAGAAAAUGCCAUCACUGCAUUAUUAGUAUUUUCUGUGACAAUGUCUUUACUAGAAACAUGUUUAUUAAUCAAUUUCUCCUGGUUUCAAUAAUUUGUGUUUUUUAUUCCUGAGAUUGAGGCCCCGAGGAAUUCAUUCGGAGCUGCUGCAGAGAUUUACUGCCAUUGUGUAAAUGACUCUUGACAUGUAUGUACACAUGUACAGUACUUGAAUUGAAUCAUGCAACCUUUUUCCUUUUGAUAAAUUGGUAGAACCAUGACAGGAAGGCACAGACAUUCAAGUGAUACAGGCCCUUAUUUUCCUCUUCAGCAUUUGUAAGUGUAGUUUUUCUGUCAUGUCAUAUUACCGUAAGAAUGUGCUUUAUUUUUGUAACCACUUUGCAUCAGCAAACUCAUUUUCCUGUAAAUGCUAUACAGGCAGUUGUACAAAAUAAAACAUGAUUGGAUAAUC